UUUCCAGCUCAAGUUUACAGUCUUUGCAGUUUGCAGUUAUCCUCUUGGUUAUCUGUUCUAUUGACCUUGGUGCAGAGUUGGGCUAGUUUUGAGCCUCCAAAAACUAUCGUGAAAAGAAUGCUCUUGCAAGAUCGUCAGAAGGUAAGUGCAGAUAGAUCAUCCUCCCUGAUGAAUAAGAGGGAUCAUCCCCUGAUGUCAGAGGGAUCAUCCAUUUCUCGCCCAAAGGAUCAUGCAGCCCCUUCAGCAUCCUUCUUGCCCGGAAACAAAGGCACUCAGGAUUCAAUCCCGAAACAGGCCUCUGAAAGACAAUUAACCCCUUUCAGAUGGGCAAAUGAGACCUCAGGACAGCUGCAAUCUACUCCAUUUAGAUCUCCUAUGCUCCAAAAGAACAGUGUUUCUGAAUCAUCAUCAAUUUCUACAUCUCAAUCAUUACCUAAAACAGGGCAAGGUCAUACCAUGGAGAACCUCAAUGACAUGGGGGCUAUAUCAUGUGCUGGUGCUUCUAAUAUGUUGGUCAAGGAGAGCAACUUUACUCAAAAGUUUGGAACCGAUCUCCAUAGGAAGCCGUCUAUCUCUACUAUGCCCAUACAGAUACCUUCCUGGCUGACAAAAUCCAGUGAAAUAAAAAAUUCUAGUGAAGAGAAUGCACCCAAAAAUUCAACUGUUGGAAGUGCGAAGCAGCUAACAAGCACAGUCAAAAGCUCCGGCUUCGAGUUCAAUAAAAGUCAUGACUCUCAAUUGCCAACUCUGGCCACUGUUGCUGCCACUUCUGUCUUGCCUGGAACAGCUCCACAGUUCAAUCAGGCAACUAGGAAAAGCCAGCCUAGUGAUAAAGUGACACCUUCUGCUGCAUCAUCAACAUCAGUUUCAGCUCAGUCUUCUCCAAUUAUCAGUUCAUUAUCAGCUCCAUUGUCAUCAUUUUCUACAUUAUCUUCAGCUCCAACAAGCUCACCUCCUGCAGUGAUAUCCAGAAUACCAAAUUUCAGCUCAUCAUCUCCACUAUCCACAUCAUCUUUAAGUACUCUACCAACCUUAUCUUCUGCUGUCCCAUUUGGCACAUCCAUCACAAGUUACGAAGUAGAUGCUAAUCGUGUACUUUCUUCAACUGCAUCUUCUUCUUCAUGUCAAGUUGUUUCUUCCAGUUCCUCCACUGCUCAGGCUCCAAUCAAAGCCAUGGCCUUGACUACUCCAUCUUCUGUUAAUUCAACAUCAGAUACCCUUAAAAAUGAAGUUCAAACUUCUCCCAGCAAGCUUAUCAACAAAACUUGUGCUGAUACUGCAACACUAACAAUCCCUUCGAAGUCAGAACCUCCAACAGGUGAAUUUGCUUUGAAGCUUCAACCUGUGGUAUCAUCUACCAGUUCAGUUGAGAGCUCUACUGGCCAUUCACUUAGAACUCUGCCCGGUUUUGCCAACAUUGGAAGUACUGCAUCAACUGUGGCUAUAAAUUCUCAGCCGGAGCAGCUGUCGAUUGCAAGUGUUCCUUUCCCUGCAAGUCUAUCGACUUUUGAGGGUACCAUCAGUGAAAAGAAUGAGGAUUCAGAUGUUGUGGUUACACAGGAGGAUGAUAUGGAGGAGGAGGCUCCUGAGACAAGCCAAACAGCUGAACUUAGCUUGGGAAGUCUUGGAGGUUUCAGGAUUGGCGGCACUCCAAAUCCUAGUCUUCCUAAACCAAGUCCAUUUGGUGGCCCU